CAAAGUCUCACGGAGAAUCCCAUCUCUUUCGCCACGCCAACUCCAAUCUUCUUCGUCGUCGUCAAAAAGCGAAGCUUUUUUUACUUUUGUUCUUGAUGGGUUUCAUCUCUUGCAUCUCAUUCCCUACGGUCAAUUCGAGAAUUCUAUCGACCCACCGUUUCUCCAAGCUAUCAACUUUAACAUCUUCUUCUUCUUCUUCUUCAUAUUCACUUAAAUUUGCUUUGAGACGCCAGGAGGAGGAUAAACCCAAAGUCUCCUUCUUUCUUUCAUCAACGUCUUCGAUAAUGACGACUCCUGUUCAAGCUUCUUCUUCCUCCUCCACCACCAUUGAUGAGACCAGUGAUGGCUUGAAGGUCCAGUCUCAUGUUUCUAUUGGGGCACAUGAUUUGCUGAUUGUCGGACCAGGUGUUCUUGGACGCUUAGUUGCUGAACAAUGGAGACAGGAACAUCCAGAGAGUCAAAUCUUUGGGCAGACAGCAACUACAACUCAUCAUGAUGAGUUGGAGAAGUUGGAUAUCAAACCAUUUCUUAAAGGAACCGAAUUUGGGGACAAGUUCUCAUAUGUGAUCUUUUGUGCUCCUCCAUCACAAAGCGCUGAUUAUGCUGGCGAAGUCAGGAAUGCAGCAUCAAAUUGGAAUGGCAAAGGAUCAUUCUUAUUCACAUCUAGUUCUGCACCUUAUGAUUGCUUUGAUAAUGGAGAAUGCAACGAGGAUUCUCCAGUAGUGCCACUGGGAAAGAGCCCAAGAACCGAUGUACUUUUGAAAGCUGAGAAAGUAGUGUUGGAAUGUGGAGGGAAAGUCCUUAGACUGGCAGGGCUUUACACAGAGAGUAGAGGUGCACAUACUUACUGGUUGAAUAAGGGGACAAUCGAUGCUCGUCCUGAUCAUAUCCUAAAUCUCAUACACUAUGAGGAUGCAGCAUCGCUGGCAGUUGCAGUCAUGAAGAAGAAACCCGGUGGUCGUAUUUUCUUGGGUUGUGACAACCAUCCUUUGUCAAGGCAAGAAGUGAUGGACCUGAUGGAUCAAAGCGGAAAAUAUGAUCAGAAGUUCAAAGGUUUCACGAGCACCAGUGGUCCUUUAGGGAAGAAGCUAGACAACUCACGGACACGAGCUGAAAUAGGAUGGGAGCCGAAGUAUCCAAGCUUUGCUCAAUUUCUUGGAGUAACAAAGUAGUAUUAUUAAUUCGGUUCGAGAUGACUAAGGAGUACGUGAAGAUAAGAGACCAAGUAAGAUAGAAAAUGCCUCUACCGCUGAUGAAUCAAAGCAUUCUGUAUGUUUGGUUCAAACUUAUAUGUUUACUCUUGAGAGAUCAAACAGCUGAAAUGUUCAGAAUUAUUUAUCAUGCAAGCUCCAUGUUCAUAAUCAUCAUACUGAUAUAAUUAACUUGAUACAUUUAGCAAACGGGUCAAGAAAAAAACGAUGAACGCAAACUUAUAAUCA